GAGCCACGUGAGUGCUCUGUAUGGCGUGUACACCGGAUUUGUGCAGCACUGGUGAUGGUGUAGAGGCGCGUUAUGUAACAGGGCCGUAGUGUAGUGAACAGGGCGUGGUUUGUUUGGAGCUCGUUGUGCUGCUCCGUGACGCUCGCUGUAGAGCUGCGGGGUCUCAGGGCGCUGACAGCAAAACAAAGGUAAAGAAGGAGGAAAAUGGCGAGCGGGGAGGAGGCCGCGCGCCCGUACGUCCUAUCCUCCUCCUCCUCCUCGUGCAGUCCGGUGGAGCUCGAGGCGCUGUUCCCGUGCACGGAGCGGAGCGACAGCCCCGAGCUUCUGAGGCUCCGGCGGCGGCUGCAGCGGUGGCUCGCGCCCUACGAGCGCGCGCUGUCGUGCGCACAGAGACUGUUGGUGUGGGAGACGCCCGUGCACAGUGCCGUGGCUGCGCUCGCGCUCAACACCGCCUUCUGGUUGUUGUCGUCUACUUCUUUACGUCCUCUGUUCUUCAUCGCGGCGUCUCUGUUGGCCUUCACCCUGUUGGACAGAUGGAAGGACAAACUGCCUCAGAUUGCUGCUCUCCACACAGAGGCACCCGGGAUAGAACGAGAGAGCAUGAGCGUUCACCCGAAGCUCCUGAGCGUGGCUGAACUGAGCCACCACCUCGCCGAGAGCUACCUGACCUGCAGCCUCUACGUCCAGGAGAUGCUUCAGUAUAAACGCCAGAAUCACGGCAAGUUCUGUGUGAUGACGUGCUCAGGAUGUCUGGUGCUGGCCGUGGUUGGACACUACAUACCCGGAAUCAUGAUCUCCUACAUUAUUUUGCUAAGCGUCUUGCUGUGGCCUCUGGUUGUGUACCACGAGCUGAUCCAGAAGAUGUACACGGGAUUGGAGCCGAUCCUGAUGAAGCUGGACUACAGCAUGAAGGGAGACACGCAGCACCACAAACACGACAAGAGAAAGGUGAAAAAGGAACAGGAAGAAGGAGAUGAGCCGAGGGCUGAGACGGAGAGUGAGAGCGAGGAGGAGCUGUCCUGCUUUGCCCCCACUGUGGACGUAAAGACUACAGCGUUGGCGAUGGCCAUCACCGACUCCGAGCUGUCUGAUGAGGAAGCGUCCAUCCUCGAGAGCGGAGGAUUCUCUGUGUCCAGAGCGACCACACCACAACUCACAGACGUGUCAGAAGAUUUGGACCAGCAGAGCGUUCACAGUGAACCCGAGGAAAGCUUCUCAAAGGAUCUCCCAGAAUUCCCCUCGGUGGAGGAGUUUCCAUCCAUCGAGUCCGGACUCUUUCACUUUCCGCUGGGUUCUCAGGAGGAGUCUCAGAGCCCGGCCAGUUUGCUCAUCCAGCACCUCGCGUCUCCGCUGCACUUCGUCAACACGCACUUCAAUGGACAAGGACAAGGCCGCGGCGCAGCGAGUGAGCCUGAGGUGUCCCCUCGCACCCUGGAGGCCCUCAGCGAGGAGAUCGUUAGCACCGCCAUCUCUACCGUGGUGCAAAACACCCUUUCCGCACUGUUGAGCUCCUCGGAGGCGGCAGAGGCUCCCGAAGUGGCCGAGUUCCUUCCUACCGAAACGCCGCCGUGUCCUACGGAGUCACCUCUCGAGGAAGGGGGCAGGACGGGCGAGGACACGACGCUCGUCGUGCCAGAGGACGAGGAGUUUGAGCUUCUGGACCAAAGCGAACUGGAGCACAUGGACGAUGGGCUUGGGUUGGGGUUUGACGGACAGGUGACUCCGACAGACGCGCCGCCUAUCGACCAGCAGCCACAGGAGUCGUAGCAUGUUCCGUAUUAACGUCCAGAAAUGCAGUUUAUUUAUAGUGUAGAUCAACACACUGAAGCCAGUCGCUGUUGUUUUAUUGUGUGGAGAUUUCCCCCUGCCCGAGGUUUGUGUUUAAGUGAGAAGGGAAGACUGCUGAUGAGACCUUUUGGCACCUUCAUGUCCAGUACGUAUAAAUAUAUGGAAUGAUAUCGUCACGUCUAAGAAAAAAAAAAAUCUUAGCUAUCACUUGAGGCUCUCGAAGGAAAAAUCGACCCCGAACAACUUUGACUAAUUCUGGUUUACGUAAAUAUAAAACGCUUUAGACGCGUCGGUCUGAUUCCCCAGAACGCCGUCGCUGACGGUGAGGCGAGUCAGUUAGCAGUUAGAGCGAGCGAUGCAGCGGCACUUUAAUCUUUUAGCCCUGUCCGGCUAAGCCGCGUCUCCGCUGCUUUGCAUUCUGGGAAUUUGAGUCUAGUGUUUCUGUAGUCUGUAGAUUUCUCAACACAAACGGUGAACUGUGUGACUUUCGUUUUUAGGCGCUAACAGUGCAGGGGGAGAAGGAAAAAAAAAGCUGUAUGCGAGGUCACUGUUUCCCCCCAAAUUUCUCUGAACUCUGUAGAAUAAAAAAACAUUAUUGUUUCUGGGUGGAUUUUUCCUUCGGGAUGAAACAUGAAGGCUGUAAUAUCCGUCUGCUUGCGACAUCCUGCUUACGCACCGGAGUCUUUUCUACAUUUCUGUACAAUUUAUCUUUUUUUUUUCCCCACAAUUGCUUUAUACUUUAAUGAAAAGCACGUCUUUCUCCCGCCCCCCCCCCUUCUCCCAAAUAGUGAUGAUGAUGAUGAUGAUGAUGAUGAUGAUGAUGAAACCGUCACAGAAAGAAUUUACACUAAGCACGAUUUUUUUCGGUCAGUAAGAGAUCCCGUUUCGGGAGGUUUCACUGAACGUCAUGCUGAUGACAAAAUAUAGACGUGCGUAUAUAAAGAAGGGAGUUAAUCCUCGUGUGAGCUUUACAUCGUGCUGUAAAAACACAAAACAAGCUCGUUUUGUUCGCGUGUACGCUCACAGAUCCUUAACCCAGAGACCUAAAGCACUCGAGAUUAUACUAGUCUAACUUUACAGAUGUUUUAUCGUUUAUAGUUGUGUUAAUGUUUAUAUAUCUAAAUCUAUAUAUAUAUAUAAUAUAAUAUAUAUAUAUAGAGUGUGUAUGUCUGUUUUCUUGGGGCUCGGGGACUUUUUAUUGAUCCGUAUCGCUCAGUAAUGACGUAAUACCGUACGACUUUGAUGUAACGCCUUGCUCAGUUUGCAUUAUUUGAUUUCUUCCACAGGACGUCGUGUUCUAUUAAAAACAGUUUGGCAUCUUG